AUGAGGUACUCAGAAUCUGUACCAGCGCUAGUGGCUGUACUCUUAUUAAGCGCCCAAGCAUCGGCCGCGACCGACCUCGACUACGGCAGUGAAACAAUAGCACGGGGCGCUAGCGCCCUCGAAGACCUGGUUGCUCGAGAUGACAUGUUGGGCGAUAUUUUGGCGCGGGACGCCGAUUUCCUCGAAGAGCUCCUGAUCAGAGAGGUCAUAUUUGAUCACCUCGAUGCUCGCGAUCCUAUCUUUGGAGCAGCCAUUGCAGCUAUGAAGUCACUUGUCGGCCUGGGUAGCAGUAUCGCAGGGGCGGCCAAGACGGCGGUUGGGGUAGCCAAAGGAGCCGCUGGUGCAGCCAAGUCGUCUGGCUUAACAUCCAAGAGCCUUCAAAAGGCUGCAGCAAAGAGUAUAAGUCGACCCAAACCCAAGAAUCAGGCCCCACCGAGCAACAACAACAAUAAUAACAACAACCGGCCGAAGCCAGCAGCGCCGCCCAACCCAGCACCGAAACCAAGGAAUAGAAAGAAAAAGAAGAAGAACAACAGGAGGAAGAAACGCGCUUUCGAAGAUGAUUGGGAAGAGCUUGUUUACAGAGAGGUCACUGCCUCUCUGGACCUGGAUGAUGUCGCACAGCGGGAUGUUUCGAACGACGAGGUGUACGACAUUCUUCGGCGAGCCUAUGACAACUCGGAUGACAUAGAUUAG